AUGGCUCCUAAGAAUAAGAAGAAUAAACCGAAAAAAGGUAAGAGUGAUGGUAAAAAGGAGGAGAAGGUUGAUACCCAAAUUGAUAUUGUCAAGAAGAGUCUGGAAGCAUUCGAUAAGUUGGAAGCUGAUUUGGAUACUGUUAUACAAGGAGUACUCGAUGAACCAUCAUUACGACAUCUGAAGAAUGAGUAUUUCAAAUUAUAUAGAGCACUGCAGAGAAGCAAUGAUUCAGAAAGACGAUUAUAUGAUAAAUAUGAUCGUCUCAAAUCGGAGAUGGAGAAUAAUAUCAACAAAGUGAAGACUGCUGUACGACUAAGUGAUGAAGAUCAGAAGUUGAUAGAAAAACUAAAGGAAGAGACUGAAGAUUUAUGGCGUUCGGUAGAGGCAGCUGAUGAGAAGCAUAACAUAGCGUCUACUACUAUCAAGUCCUUGAGAGAAGAGUUGAGCACGUUAACGACCGUAUUAGAUGAGGGUAUACAUAAAGCACAGCAUCGAGAGGUGAAGAUCAAUGCAUUGAAGAAUAAUAUUGAUAAACUCAAGGAGCAGACUCAGAAGUUGAACGAUAUAUCCGCUGACCUCACUAUGAAGAAGAACACACUCACACAAGAUGUAGAGGAAUUGAAGAUAAAACAUGAGGCGCUAUCACAAGAUCUUGAGGAUGUACGAUUGGCCUAUGGAACGAAUAAGGAUAUUGAGGAGAAGGAGGGUAGAAGGAAGGACCGGAUGGAGGCUGAGGUGUUGAAGGUAGCUAAGAAGGUGGCCACACAAGAGGAAGAGUUGAAUGAACAACAUAAUACUCUCGAUACUCUAGUUCAUGACUUACAUACAUUAGAGCAAGAAUUGAGGGAGGAUAGAAGACAGCAUGAGAGGAUCAUAGCGACUAACGAGGAGAACACUGAUGAGCUGAAUAUGUUAAAGGGUAUCUACCACAAAGAAGUUGAAGCAAGGAUAGAGGCGGACGAUAAUCAUAAGAAGAUUGAGAAUGAACUUCAUAUCAUCAACAGUGCGCUGGGUAAAGCCAAACAUGAUAAAAAUGCGAAUAACAUGACCAGACUUACUAUUGGUGAUAAUAUCGAGUAA